AUGUGUUCUCCUGCCAGUCCCAAAAUCAUAUACAGGAAUUCCCGGUUCCUCCGGUUGGCUUUUCUGCAGCUUUAUCACCAGCAACAGAGUGGGGUGUUCUGUGAUGUCCUUCUGCAGGCAGAAGGUGAGGUAGUCCCAGCCCAUUGCUGUAUCCUGUCUGCCUGCAGCCCCUUCUUCACAGAGCGCCUGGAGAGGGAGAAGCCAGCUCAGGGUUGUAAGGUGUUGCUGGAGCUGGGGGGCCUGAAGAUCAGGACACUUAGGAAGCUGGUGGACUUCCUAUAUACCUCAGAGAUGGAAGUAUCUCUAGAAGAAGCCCAAGACGUGCUUUCUGCUGCCCGUCAGCUCCACAUAUCUGAGUUAGAAUCCCUUCAGCUAGAGGGUGGGAAGUUGGUGAAGGCCCCUCAGGGUCGAAGACUGAACCGGGAGUGCUUACAACCUCCCAGUGCUGCACCAAUCUCUGCCAGGGUGCUGGCAUCCAGCCACUGCCCUAGAACUCCACCUGUUACCCAGACUCCCUGUCCCCUUGGAGCAGUGAGACUGAAGUCAGGGAAGGAUGAGGGGGCCCAGGACAAGAGCAACCGACGGAAUGCAGAGAACUCAUCUGGCACUCUUCUGCUCAAGAGGAAGGCCAGAGCCUGCCCACCUCUGCAAGAAGAAAGCUCUUCACCAUCAAGCCACAGUCAAGGAUCUAAAGAGAACAAGAGUGAGCCUAUCCUUGGUCCUACAGAGCUUUCCCCACCCAGUUUGUACCCCUCUGUGGAUAAGCGACUCUUGCCCAGAAAGAUCAGGCUGAGUCGUUCAAAGCCACCACCUGAUGUCUGUACAUCCAAGCCUUCCAGCAUUUUAAGUGGACCCAGUUCAGUGCCAUCAGCCCCUGGCCGGCGUCUUUGGCGACAGAAAAGUAUAAAUAAAGAAGUGCUAGAGGACAAGCAUAAAUCAGGGAGAGCUAGUCCUCUACAGAGCACCCAAAGCCCAUCUGGUCUAGGAAAGACAGGUGGGAGUAAGAAGUGGAGCCCUGAAGUCAGGGCACCUAAUUCAGACUCUGCAGAGGAGGGGCAGAUUGGGAGAGUGAAACUUAGGAAGACUGUCAAUGGGACCUGCUGGGAGGUGGUGCAAGAGCCUCCCCUGAAAACCUCUAAAGAUAGCCCUCAUAUCCCAGAAUCUGGAGACUCAGAAGAGCCUCCAGGGAUUCAGCCAUCCUCAGUUAACCAGCAGGGAAUGUCAUCUAGAACAGACUUGUGUCAGGACUCCCCAGUGUGCUCCAGGCUGCAAGACAUUCUGCUCUCUGCUAGCCACUCCCCAGAACACCCAGUGGUGAAGUCCGAGUUUGGCUCCAGUCCAGAGCUGGUAGGGAAGGAACCUGGGUUUGAUAUUGACUGCAGAGAGCCAUAUGCAUUUGACACAGCCCUGCUGGAGCAGCCCUGUGAAGCUGAGGAGUACCGAAUCACAAGUGUUGCUGCCACCAGUGAGCUGGAGGAGAUCCUGGACUUCAUGCUAUGUGGCUCAGACAUUGAGCCACCUACAGUAUCUCUGGAGAGUCCCGGGGCUGAGGGCUGUACGACCCCAAGUUAUCACCUGACAGAAACGGGAAAGAACUGGACCGAAGGGGAAGAAUGGUAUUUACCAGACAUGGAACUAUGGCCCAGGGAGCUCACAGGAUUGGAAAAAGAACCUGUUGGUGAGAACAAAGAGCCAAUUGAACCCUUUUGCCCCUUUGUCAUGCCCUCUAAGAUUAGUGAAGGGGAGGUGCUUUCAGUAGGACACUCUUGGACUCAAGACCGAGAAAUUUCCAGCUCCCAGCCACUGGAUGGUCAGAGGAACAAACUUCUCCAUAUUGACUCCCUUGACCCUCCCCAGAGGUCCUAUGGGGACCUCUCACCUCCCUCUUCUAACUGGGUGGAGACUGGGCUGGAAGUAUCCCUAACUAUGGAAGAGGUGUUGUAUCCUGCUUCAGAACCAGGCAAGGAGGUGCUUAGCAACUCCGAGCCAUUAGACCCACUUCCUGCCAGCCCUGAAGAGGAAGAGAUUGAUGUAGAAGACUGGACAUCAGAAGGAAGGCUGGUGCCCACCAGUAUUCCCUCUGUAUGGCCUGACCCUUCCUCAGAGUCAGAAACAGAGGUAGACAUACUAACCUAG